UGGACACACCGGCUUUUCUCUGCAGAUCUGGGACGGAUCGCAGUGACGCUCACAUGGCUUCUGCUUUUCACACGUCAAACAAGUUCAGACGGUGAAAUAAACUCUGAUGAACCUCAGACUGUGGAUUAUGUGGAUCUUAAACUGAGGGAUUACCUGGGAUAUUAUCGUCAUCUUCACAGUGGAUUUAAGGCUUUUGUUUUUGGAUGAGCUCCAGGACGGAUCCAGAAAUGUGCACUACAUGAAAAACAAGUAUCCAGGUUUUCCCCGAGGGAUGUCUGGGCAGUACUCUGGAUCACAUGUUGUACUCUGGAUCAGUUGACAUGCAGGUGGACAUGGUGGACCUGACGUGACGUUCGUUUCUGAAGAUUAACUCUGGUCAUGAGACGCACUGUGAGUCUGCAGGCGAUGAUGAUGAUGAUGAUGAUGGUUCUGAUGGACUUCACAAACUAUGUUUGGAUGCUGCCGGCUCCCAGCAGCGUUUCCAUGGAGUCUGUAGACAUGAGACACGUGCUGAAGUGGCGCCCACUGCAGGAUCCCUGCAACACCACAGUGCUUUACUCCGUUCAGUUCCAGGGGGAGUUUGAGCUGAUGGUGAUGAACGGCAGCUGGGUGGACGCUCCCGAGUGCCAGCAGACUCCUCACACUCACUGCGACCUGACCUUUGACCUGGGCUCCGACUCCGACUACAACCUCCACGUCAGAGCGCAGUGCGGGUCUCAGCUGUCGCCCUGGACCAAACUCAGCCGGCCUUUCAACCGCAGAGACACGGCCCUGACGGCGCUGGAGAUGGCGGUGUCGGUGGUGGGCGACGCCCUUCAGGUGUCGUUUGACAAGCUCCCUCUCACUGCUGUCGUCAGCGUGACGGUGUGGAAGAGAGGCGAAGAGCUGCAGGCUGUUGCGUACACGAUGCCAGCUGAGGAGAAGAUGCUGCACGUCGCCGCCCUGCAGGAGGGAGCGGUGUACUGCGUCAGAGCGCAGCCCAUCCUGGACACACAGCUCCACAGCAGCAGCACGGACACCCACUGUGUGCCCAUCACAGGUCCGGACGCUGCAUGGAAGAGGCCGACCACUGUGACGGUGACUGUCCUCGCCAUGGCAGGUCUCCUGUUCGCCGUGUUCUGGUCCGUCCUUCACUGCCGUCUAGAUGCCUGCCAAGUGUAUUUCCAGAAAGAGCCGCUGCCCCACUCGCUGGAAGCUGACUGGGACAUUCAAAUCCCGAUGAACCCUGAGGAGGCGCCGCGUUGUGAGCGGAUCCAUGUGGAGCCCGAGCGCCGACCCCUACAGGCCGGGGAUCUCAAACCCUGAAGAGUCACGGCACGUCUGAAAGAACAAAGAUCUGAACUCUAUUCAACGUAAAUGUUUCUAGAAGAUGCUGUUGAUGCUCAGAUCUCCUGGGAAGUUUGAGUUUUGUGGUGCAUUCUGGGAAAAACUGGAACAAGCAGAAGGAACAAAAGGAAACGCAGAGCUGCUUUGUAAACCAGGACACAGGAAAGGAUUCACCAGUCCUGCAGACCAGGUUUGUGGCCUGAGCUUUGUGGACCGCGAGCCUCUGCUGAUCCCGGGCUUAAUGAUGAUAAUCAACUGACCUUUGAAGGUCAACUUGAAGACUGUCCUCCCAAGACAAACCACAGCAUCAGUUUCAGCAAAUGUCCACAAACAACUUUUGUUCACGCUGAAGAGACAAAGCCCUCCAGAGUCGCGACUCCUCGCUGGGAGCACAGGAGGCGGUCUGGUGAUCUUACCGCAGAUGUCGAGGACGUGGGGGGGACGAUGGACAGCAGACCGCUGUUCGUCUCCUGUUUUGUACUGACAGUAAAUGUUGGUUUCUUUUAAUCUUGACCGAGAUCGUUCCCUAACCUUAAAAUUCAUACAUGAAUGAAUUAAGCAUAAUUAAAAAUGGGUUGAAAGUCUAAUUAUUCUGGUGGCACACUCCAGGCUCCAGGUCUGUGAGUGUCCAGGAUUACAAAGACUGCACUGAGUUAACAGGACUUGUCCUCUGCUAAAAGGUACGUAUGUCCCGCUCUGAUGCUCUGCUACUGCAUGAAGAAAAGCCAGUUGAUUUGUUUAAAAAAUAUUAUACUGGGAAUAGUGUUUUGUCCCAUGAAAUGACUGGGAGCACAAGCAUAAAAAUAAAAAAAUGAAGUACUUUUUAAUGACUUGGCGGUAACUUCAAAUGAAAACCUCUUCUAUAAUCUGCUCUUUCUUGCAGAAAUCAAACACAUUUAAAGAUGUUCGGUUACAUCAGAGCAUUUAUGUUUUUGGUGACGUUUGACCUCGACGACUCUCAGUUUACUGUAAUCUGCCCUCGAUGUUAAUUUAAUAGCAUUUUGUUUACGUUGCUGUCAUGUUGUUGCGUUACAUGUUUUCAUUGUCAAGCUUGUGUUUUAUUAUAUUUAUAUAUUUCUUUACAUAAAUCCUGAUGAAGUGAA